GAAAAACAUUCUUUACAAUGGAUGCCGUCGAACAAAAUUGCGGUGGCAUGUGGAAAAACGAGGAGACAACAUUGUUGCUAUCCGUAUGGGCUGACUCAGAAAUACAAAAACAAUUAAUGAGCGCUAUGCGGAAUAUCCGAGUCUAUGAAAAAAUAGCAAAAGUUCUUGCAGAUAACGGUUUCACACGAACACCACAACAGUGCCGUGAUAAAAUAAAAAAACUGCGGGUUCACUACAAAAACAUUAAAGGCAGCAACAAUCGGAAGGGGAACAGCCGAAAAACUUUUUUGUAUUAUGAACAAAUGGACAGUGUUUUAGGGAGCCGGCCCGUGAAUGAGCUGAAUGAGGGUCUUUUUAAUAGUAGUAUUAGUACCUGUGUGGAGAACGCCACGAUGAAACAGCACGGUACAGAGCAGGACAACUGGAGACACUCCCAAUCUCCAGAACACCCACAGAUGACUGCCAGAACUCCCCGGUGCCAGGAUCAGCAGGAGGGUGCUGGCAGCUCCUCAUCAUGGCUGUGUGGAACACCAACAGCAGCCAACAGAGGAAGGAAAAGGAAGUCUGGUGUGGAAAGAGAGUUGAUCAAUUACCUCCGGGAGUCAGAUGAGAGAUAUUUCAAAUUGCAAGAGAAAAAAUUGGAAUUAGCAAGGGAACGGCACAGAAAUGAAAUGCAAGAAAAAUGCGAAGACAGAGAAGCAAAUCGACAGAACGACACAUUGUUGAUAGGGGUUUUGUCCAGCCUGGCAACAUCACUGGGGCAAAACCUGGAUAACGCUAAAAUAGAGUCUUCACCGAAGGAACAGCGAUCAGCGAUUGUGGCCCUUGUUAAACAGCUACAGGAGGACCUAAAGUCAGAGCAUCAGCAGGCCAUGGACACACUGAAAAAGAUGCACGAUGAGAAAAUUGCACUGAUGUCAUCAUUUUUAGAUGUAUUGGAACAGCACACUGAAUAGUGUUGCCCAUUAGUUUCAUAUCUCAAGUUAGGUUUUUGUUACAAUGAAAACAUUUGCUACACUGUUGUGUUUUCGUCCUUGAAUUGCACAUAGUUAUAAAUGUAUUGUAUACUGUCAGUAUGUAGAAUCCAUCAUCCAGCCUUACAAUAACAUAUCAGUGAGACUUCACUUCAAAUAAAUGACUUGACAAUUAAGUAUAUGCUGUUUUAAUACUGUGUUUAAGAAUUCAUAAGCUUUUUUGGUUAGUGUAUUUGCAUAGAGAAAGUUGUGUUGUACAGUUGCAGAAAACUGGGAUUUGCACAGGACAUCAUAAGGUAUGAGAACUUUUUUAAUCUAUAAUGUGGUAUAAUAAACACAUAUGUCAGUAAUAUACAUCCCCUGCUCAUUGGUGACCGUGACAUAUCAACAGUAAUCACAUAGUAGAGUAGAA